UAUCGACUUUUUCCCCCGAAAAAAGCCUCCCCUUUUUCAAGAUCUUCAGCAUCAUUUCUCUGAUCUCUCUCUGUUUCCGUAUAUAGCCUCUAUUCGCUGCUGAUCUUGCUGCGCAUUGUGGGGGGGAUUCGCAGUUUUUUUUCCUCUGGGUUUCCCACCCUCUCGAAAGCCUCGAGUCCCAUCAAUGGCGGCCCACGCGUGCUUCUGCUUCUUCUUGGCGGUUUUCUUCGCUUGUCUCUCCCGCUCUCGGGGUCACGAGUUCUACGUCGGAGGCAAGGAUGGUUGGGCGGUCAACCCUUCCGAGGAUUACAACCGCUGGGCUGAGAAGACUAGGUUCCAGGUCAAUGACACCAUCUCUUUUAGGUACAAGAAGGGAGAGGAUUCUGUGUUGCUCGUGGUCAAGGAUGAUUACGACAAGUGCAACACCAAGAACCCAGUGAAGAAGUGGGAAGAUGGGGCUUCUGAGUUUGAGUUUCACCAAUCUGGUCCUUUCUUCUUCAUCAGCGGCAAACCAGCUAACUGCGAGAAGGGCCAAAAGUUGGUGGUUGUCGUCUUGUCCCCGAGGACCGCCCCGCAGGUUCCGACGCCAAUGCCUCAGCCUCCCAAAUCCCCAGGCCCGGCCAUGCCGCCAUCAUCGCCUGCUCCGCCAUCCGCGGCCCUGCCGCCAGUGUGGCCGCCUGCAGCAGCGCCCAGUUCGCCAUCUUCUGCCGCCAAACCCCCGGCAUCACCGUCCCCGGCAAUCAUACCGCCUUCGUUGUCACCAACCUCUCCUUCUCCCGUGGCUGUGCCACCGACCUCGCCAUACCCCGCCGUUAAACCUCCCAGUUCAGCGACUUCACCAGCUGCCACUGUACCGUCUGCGGUGUCGCCAACUUCUCCUUCUCCCGCGGCCGUGCCACCUACCUCGCCGUACCCCGCCAUUAAACCUCCAAGUUCAGCGCCGUCACUAGCUCCCACUGUACCGUCUGCGGUGUCGCCAAUCUCUCCUUCUCCCGCAGCCAUGCCACCGACCUCACCAUCCCCCACCAGUAACCCUCCAAGUUCAGCGCCUUCACUUGCUCCCACUGUACCUUUUGCGGUGUCGCCAACCUCUCCUUCUCCCGCAGCCAUGCCACCGACCUCGCCAUCCCCCACCAGUAACCCUCCAAGUUCAGCGCCUUCACCGGCUACCACUGUAACGCCUGCGCUGUCGCCAACCUCUCCUUCUCCAGCGGCUAUGCCUCCGACCUCACCAUCCCCUGCUAUGAAACCUCCAAGUUCAGCGCCUUCGCCAUCUCCAACCGCUACUCUGCCACCUUCACCUCCACCGUCAGAAUCUCCAGCUUCGCCUCCCACGCUGUUGGUAUCUCCACCUUCAUCAUCCCCGAUCGCGCAAUCUCCACAGGGAAUAUUGCCGGCGCGUGCCCCGGCACUGGCACUUUCAUCUGCAUGGACAAUAACCCCUACAAGCUUAUCUGUGGUGGCGGCUACCAUCGUGUUGAGUACGAGUUUAGUGCACUCGCAAAUAGCUUGAAUAAUGAUCGUGUCUAGUUUUCUCCAUGUGUUUAAUCUUGCAGGAUUUCUUGGUUAUAUAUUGUUGGAUUUUAUUAGGGUUCUCCAUAAAUAAAUGUAUCUGGUUUCAAUUUGCACCUUUUCUUUCCUCAGGACUUCUUAGUUCGUAAUGCAUUGGAAAUCAUGUUAUUUACCCAGACAUAAGUUUCUUGGAGAGCCG